AUGCCAUAUUGUGCUGCAUUCCGUUCAUCUAAACACAAUGAGUGUUACGUGUUUUCGGAAGAAAAGUUUGUGGUUUGUGAUUAUGCUCCAGGAGAGAAAAAGACACAUGUUAAUGGCCCAAUUCAUAUUAGUGAUGGAUUUCCAAUGCUUGCAAAAACUGUAUUUGAAAAAGGAAUAGAUUGCACCUUUGACAUCAAAGACAACCAGGCAUUCAUCUUCCAUGGUAAUCAAUGUGCCAUGAUAAAAUACGCUCCAGAUCCGGCUGACACGAGAUUACUAUUAGGUCCGAUUCCAAUCUCUGGCAUGUUUCCUUGUCUUAAGGGAACAGUUUUUGAAAAUGGAAUCAAUGCUGCAAUUCAUCACUUGCAUGGAAAAGUUAUCAUAUUCAAUGGAAAUAAGAUUGGCUAUCUAAACUAUAAAGCUAAGUAUCUUAGUUGGGUGAAAAAUCUGCUGUCUUGUUUUCCUUAUUGGGAUGGUACAGUUUUUACAAAUGGAAUAAUUGCAGCUUUUAAUUCUCACAAUAAGUAUGAAGCAUACAUUUUCAAUGGAAAAUACUAUGCACGUAUCAAUUAUUGCCCAACCAAUAAAAAUGGUGGCUAUUUAGUUAACCAUAAAAUACGCAGAAUUCGUAAUGAAUGGCCUGCUCUUCAUGGUAUAUUGUUGGUCAAAGAAGAGAAAAAGAAAGAGAUACAAAAGAAAACAAAUAGAAAAUAG